AUGCCAAUCUGAAUUGAUCUACAAGCAGCAACAACAGUAGUCAUAGUAGUCAAUGUUCAUUUCUUGGAAGGGGAAGAAGGCGUUGGCUGGAUGGUGGGUACAUUCACCCCAGACACACAGUCACCCACUCACCCAACAUGCAUGCAUAGCGGAACUCGUCGAAAACACACACACACACACGCACAGUAGAAUGAUCCCGAUGACAAUCAACAGAACGUCGAUAACGUGCACCAGCCAGGUUUCGACAGACUGACAGACUGAUAACCAAGUCGAAGAGCAAACAUGGUUCAGAGUACGCAGAGUCAAUCUCCGAGGAACGGUAGAAGGUAAUAGGCAAUAUUAGAUUACUUCCAAAUAAGGGUCUGGAAAUGUAAAUAGGUAUGGA